AUGUCCCGCCGAAUACUCGUAGACCCAGGUCAGGAUGGUGGCGUCAGCACGGCCACACAGUACGGGAAGGAUCCUAAUGAGAUCGGAGAGUGGAAGGUCGGCCGCAAGUUGGGUUCCGGAGCUAAUGGCCGGGUCCGCAUCGCGAGGCAUAUGAGGUCGGGCGAGUACGCUGCCAUCAAGAUCAUGUCCAAGCAGGGGCUCGAAUCGAGCGAUGUUGAUCCAGAGUACGCGACAAAGAUCAAGGCGGGAAUCAUGCGAGAGAUCAUCUUCAUGAAGGUUCUGCAUCACCCGAACAUUCUGCGCCUGUACGACGCCUUUAUCACACGCGGCAACUACUAUCUCAUUCUCGAAUACGUCGACGGGGAGGAGCUAUUCAACAUCAUCACGAAUCGCGAAGGCCGCAUCCCACUCGAGGAAGCGCUCGGCUACUUCCAGCAGAUCGUUAUCUCUCUGGAGUAUUGCCAUCGUUUCAACAUCGCGCAUCGUGAUCUGAAGCCCGAGAACGUGCUUGUGUGCAAGAACGGUGUCGUUAAGCUGGCGGACUUUGGCCUAGCGGGUUGGCUGGCGAACAACGGUGGCAUGGUUGCAACUCAGUGCGGAAGUCCGCACUACUUGGCUCCGGAGGUCAUCACCGGCAAUGGUGUGGUACCAUACGAUGGACGGGCGGCGGACGUCUGGUCCACGGGCAUGAUCUUGUACACCCUCCUCACCGGUGAAAUCAUGUUCCACUCGGAUGACCACAACGAGCUCUUCACAAUCAUAUGCCGUAACGAGAUAAAGAUCCCCAAGGACGUAUGCCCUGAAGCCCAAGAUAUCCUGCGGCGCAUGCUCGAGCGAAACGCAGACCGCCGGUACACCAUCUUCGACGUAAGGCUGCACCCCUUCUUUGAGCUCUUGCCCGCCCCCGACAUCCACGAUGGGCCCGACUUCGAAGACCUCGCGCAGCCGCUACGAGAGCAGGAUCUUGACGCCAAGGUCAUCGAAAACCUUCGCUACCUCUGGCCCGAUGCGUCGGCCAAGACUCUCCGGGCCAACCUUCUUCGCAAGGAGAAGACGUGGGAGCAGGCGACCUAUCAUCUCCUCCUCCAACACCGCACUCGUAAGGAGGAGGACCUUGUUGCUCGAGUCAAGCGGGCAGAGGAGUAUCAAGCGCAGAAGAAGGCGGAGCGCGCUCAACGCAAGGCCAUGGAGCGCAUGUCGAGGAUGGCGUCUGAUCGACCCACGACGCCUGUCAACGCGGCAGACAUCCCGCCGCGUGCGGACCCUCCAACGCCCAGGCGCGCUUCGGGCAGCCGCUCUCCAGAGUUCGCGGAUGGCGAGAGGACGCCGAUGUUGCUCAGUAUUCACAUUGACGAUGCCGGCCCAUCACCCGUGUCGCCUAGUUUCCCGGCUACGCCGUACUCGCCGCGUUGGGAGGAGCUCGACCUCCCCGGCAUUCCAGAUGUGGACAAGCUUCGCGAGCUCUGUCGUGACCCUCGCUGGUCUGAGUUCUUUGACGCUGUGGAAGAGCACGUUGCGAGUGGGAAGGUCCUUCAGCCUCAAGGUGCACGCCAGAACGUCAAGACCGCUAGGCGUGUCAGCGACAGGAUGAAGGCUCCUUUCAGGGCCAAGACGAGGCCUCUGACCAUCAACCGCGGUCAAAAGCACAAGCCGCCGCCUCUCAAGUUGAGCCAAGGUCGCGGUUUGGGGCUUGGCGAUGUGCCAGAGGAUGAGGGCGCGGCGAAGGAGUCGAAGGAGAACGAGCCGAUCGCGGAAGGCGGUACCAUCUCAAAGCGCAAGUCGACUCUGAAGAAGUCUGGUAUCGAGAACCGCAGGCCUCAUUCCGCCGACCCUCGCCAUGUACGCAUCAACGACGAGCCGACGUGGCACCCCUUCUUGGCCUCUACCGAGAAAGGAGAUCUGAUGCGUCGUAAGAGCGAGACGCUUCUCGGUCGCCGCAAGAGCACCUCGUCGGCUGUAUCAGACCUCUCUUCGCCCCGCUCGCCCGCCACUCCGACGUGGUUUACCGGCCUCUUCGCGAAGAAACUAUCGCACGAGUUCCUCUCCGCACACGAUGAGAAGGCCACGCGUGCAGAAUGCGAGCGCAUCCUCGCAUACAUGGGCGUCCAAGUUGAGCUCACGCGUCACGACGCCCUCGGCAUGUUGAAGUGCCGUGUUGACGAACAUCAAGAUGAUCUCGGCGCCGUCAUCAAGGCCAUACGUUUCCGUGUUGUAGUUCAACCUGCGACGCAGGUACAAGCGGUCGGCGGAUUCAAUAGCUUCGCGUCACUCGAGCUCGAGAAGGGCGCGCCGGCCACAUUCCGAGCGUUCUGCACUCAGCUUCGUGAGGUGUGGGAUCUGGAUGUUCCGCGGCUCCCGGCGCAUGAGAUGAGCCCAGCGCUCGAUACGAGCUUCCAACUAGUAGACGAGUAUGUGGAUGAGAUUCAGUACUAG